AUGCAGAAAAAACAGUAUAAUAACGAUAUAUUGGCAUAUUGGUUAUCGAAUGCCUCUACUCUAUUUCUUCUUCUUCAGCGAACAUUGAAACCAAGUGGGUCAGCAUCUGGAAUCGCCCCACAAAGUUGUCGAUCAUCAGCUGCUCUUUUUGGGAGGGUGACUUCUAGUUUCCGUGGGACCCCUCAAGGAAUCAAACUUCCUUCGUUUGUGGAUGGUGAUUUGAGUAGUGGAGUUGAAGGUGGUUAUACCAAAGUGGAAGCCAAGCAUCCAACUUUUCAUUUUAAGCAACAGUUAACAACAUAUGUUGAAAAGACAUAUGGAACAAUUCGAGAUAAUUUGAAAAAAGAAAUAUCCCUGUUACUCAGGAUGUGUAUUCAAGCACCGAGAAUUUCGAGAGCCAGCCUGGCGAUAGGAUCAUCGCGUAUGGUUUCCAGUUCAGCUCAACAGACACUGAUUGCUCAUUGGCAAGGAAUUAUGAAGAGUCUUGGAAGUUUCUUGAAUGUUCUAAAAACAAAUAAUGUUCCAUUGGUUUUGGUGCGUAAAGUUUUCUCACAAAUAUUCUCGUUUGUGAAUGUUCAGCUAUGUAACAGUCUACUUUUGAGACGUGAGUGCUGUUCGUUUAGCAAUGGUGAGUAUGUGAAAGCGGGAUUGGCUGAACUAGACCACUGGUGUUUUAACGCAACUGAUGAGUAUUCAGGUUCUGCUUGGGAUGAACUCCACUGGCUGAAGUAG